AUGGCAGUCGUACCAGUCCAAUCAGUCAUAGAGCAUGACAGUGUCCCGACGUGGCUUGAAGGUUCUCUCGUCCUUCCACCUUUCCCACCUUGCUCCGCUGUACCAUUCCAUCUCUGGCAAUCUCAAGGUCUUUGGCUCCCCCUCACGUCAGCCUCUUCAGACGGGCGAGCAGCUUUAGUGUCGACGGUUGAUUCUCCUUGUGACUCUCGUGGUAAUCUACUGGUCAGUAUUCAAGGUGGUCCUUCAGGUUCCCUGUCGGCUCCUAAAAAGGUCGUCUUACGUCGAUCUGAUUGUCUCAAGCUUGGAAACGAAGAAGAAGAAUGGGUCGAGCCUGACGGGACCAGCCUGGCCUCGUAUCAUCAGUCAACACCGCCGUUCACACGAGUGCUCACAGCUCUUCAGGAAUUUCUCAGCUCAAGAGUUGAGGAAUUUUUGUUUGCCCGAAACAAGAGACUGUUCGAUCUGGUCAGUCCUUCCACUGUUGGUACUUUGCGUCGCUCACAGGGUCCACAUUGGCCAGGAUCCGGCCCGAACGGUCAGCCAUACAUUCCUCCGGCUCGUGUAGCUCGUUCCGAUCAUUGGGGCUCCCUCAAAUCCCCCCAUGACGUCGAGUGUCAUGCUCCACAAGAGAUCUGCUUCCUCCUGUCGAGAACGGAAGCGAGUGUGCGGGGAUUCUUAGCUAUGGCGCGGAAAGAAGCGGAGGCGGGUUGGGAUACAGGACCUGCUAUCAAGCUUGCUCAUAUCACUGCGUCCUUCCUCGGUUUCCUAGUUCACCACGAGGUAUUGCCUGAAGUACAACUGAAGGAGUCUAUGAGGCGUGCUUUCACUCUAGCUCGUUCAGCCCCUAGGCAUAUCGCAAACGCAAAAGUUGUCGAAGACGCCGUUGCUGCGAGCCUGGGGUGGAACAGAGCAUUAUGGGUCGCGCAUGGAGGGACGUAUGGGCAAGCCGAGCGUGGAGGGAUGGAGCGGGAGGCCGAUGUACACGACCCUGCACCUUUGGCGGAUGAGGAGGACGAUGGCGGGUGGAAAGUCCACCGCGGUAGGACUUUACGAGUUGUGGUUGCUCCUCGACCGUCGGUGGCCAGUCUUCCCGAAGUCCUCCCCGGGCUGGCGACGCUGUAUUCUCCAUUCAAACACGAAGAAGUGAACAUGCUGCAACACCUUCCCUAUUCUCGUAGACGCAUCGUCGACGUCCUUCCGCCCAUGGACCCGUCAGCGAUUACACCGCCAUAUGCUUCCAGAUUGCUUCGCUUGGUGACUGCUCCGGCUCCCUGGACGAAAGAGGAAGGCUGGAGGCGAUCGAGGAUGGAAGAUACGCUGGAGGUAGAUCCAGAGCCUCAGGACGAAGGGGUGGGACCCUUGGAAAGGGAGAAACCGACGAUCGAAGAGCCUGCGGAGAUCAUCAUUUGGGCGGAACCUGAAAAGCUGGCAGGUCUUAUGAGAGAAGACAUACUCGGUAUGGCGAUUCGGGGCCGCUGGGCCUUAUUCGGCUCACAGGAGCCCACCAUGCCGCUGAGACAGUGGUGGGCGGUUAAGCUGCAAGAUUACGUACUGCCGAAUUUUUGGCAGUCGGAUGCUGCUCUGUUCAAAACUUCGUGAAAGCUUCGUCGAUAGAAAAUACAUCAUCAUCACAUGCACAUUUCGGCUGUAG